AACCACCUACUCUUCUCCAACCUCCACAACCUCGAAAAUCUUUGAAAUGGAAGAAGAUUACAGAGCAUCAUCAUACGACUACGACGAGCUCUUCGUCAAAUCUCUGUCUCUUUUUUCAAUCUCUCAGAAUCAUCUCCUACUCCUCCUCCUCCUCCUAUUCAUCGUCCUCCUCCUCUUCCUAGCAUUUCUAGUCUUUUUCUACAAUUUUCUUGAGAUACACUUUCUCGCCGAUUUACUCACCGCCUUCAGAGGCGACCCUGUGUCGCUCACCUAUAAUCCCAGCUCUCAACUCUACAAAUCCGUCGCUUCCAAGUGCAGCAUCCUCCACGGAAGGUUUUUGCCUACUCCAUGGCUAUCAAGUCCUCAUCUCCAAACAGCUUUCUUGAGUCUUGUUGCAAAAUCUCCUCAUGUCACCUACAAAAGACACAUGUUUUUUGCUACUGAUGGCGGUACCAUUGCUCUGGACUGGCUAAUGUCUUCUGAUGUUAAAGGUGCUUCCUGCACAAAUGAUGCAACUCGAGAAAAUGAUAAAACUCCUAUUUUGAUCGUGAUUCCUGGUUUAACAAGUGACUCGGGUUCUGCUUAUGUAAAGCAUCUCGUAGAUAGGAUGGCAAAGCAUGGCUGGAAUGUUGUUGUGAGCAAUCAUCGUGGACUUGGAGGCAUAUCAAUAACUUCUGAUUGCUUCUACAAUGCUGGGUGGACAGAGGAUGUACGAAAGGUCAUUGAUCAUAUUCAUUGUCAAUAUCCUGAAGCUCCUUUAUAUGCUGUUGGAACUAGUAUUGGGGCAAAUAUUUUGGUGAAAUAUCUUGGAGAAGAUGGGGUUAAUUGUCUUCUUGUUGGAGCUGCGGCUGUCUGCUCUCCUUGGGACCUUUUGAUAUGUGAUAGAUAUAUCAAUCGUAGACUUGUGCAGAAAUUGUAUGACAAAGUGCUAACAGUUGGCCUACAAGGUUAUGCACAACUGCAUGAGUCUAUCUUGUCACGUCUUACAGAUUGGGAUGGUGUAAAGAAGUCACGUUCUGUUCGAGACUUCGACAACUAUGCAACCCGCAUUCUUGGAAAAUUUGAGACUGUUGAUGCAUAUUACAGGCGUUCUAGUUGUGUGAAUUUUGUGGGAAAUGUAUCAGUGCCUCUUCUGUGCAUCAGUGCCAUGGAUGAUCCAGUUUGUACAAGGGAGGCCAUCCCAUGGGAUGAAUGCAGGGCAAAUGAAAAUAUUAUCCUUGCUGUCACACAGCAUGGCGGACACCUUGCUUAUUAUGAGGGGAUAUCUGCAGAUAGCAUGUGGUGGGUGAGAGCUGUAGAUGAAUUCUUUGAUGUCUUGCAGUCUAGCCCAUUAAGCAACAGAAGAAAGAAGGUGGAAGGGCCUAGCUUGUCCAUUCCACCGGAGUCUUCAAUUGAUCAAGGACCUUAUGUGAAUGUCUCGGAGGAUGGCAUGGUGACUGCUGUUGGCAACAGUCAAGAAGAUUUCAUAGCUGAAGAUGAAUGCAAUGAAGAUGUGGACCACAUCAGGAAGGAUGAAGAUGCCAUUUUGCACGAAGAAAGAAGUGAUCUUUUGACAGAGAAAACCCAUUCUAAAGUUGACCUCAACCAGCCAUUGGAUCAGAAUCUCAAUGAUUUGGAUGUUCCUGUUAGAAGACGAAUGGAUCAGCUUUUACGACUGAAUAGAAAUUCGAUCUGGCUCCUUGCUUACAUUGCUAUCGUAACAACCUGGCCCCUUGUCGGUUCUGCUCUUCUUCCUUUUCUCAAGAAAAGAUUCAAGAGCAUCAUACCGUCUGCUUUGCGUAGAAGAUAGCAAUCUCUGUGGGUAAUGAUAAUUAUUUACUUUAUGGUAUAGUAGUCAUUCUUGAUGAAUAUAAAAUGUGAUGAAUUAUUUUCUUGAAAAAGGAAAGCAAGGGUGAUAAAUGAUAACAGUACAAAACCGCCUUCAUGGUGAAGGAUAAUAAAGGAGUCAAACUGUAAUACCAAGAACACAGGUCAGUUGUAUCUGGUCACAAAUUUGGAAGAAGCUUGGAUUAUGUGUUGUUACCAUUAUUUCUAGAGAAACAAUGUUCUCUGAAAAAAGUAGAAGAAAAUGAAAACUAGUUUCUUCAUGCCA